AUGCCUGGAAUUCUUCCUAUGAAAGUGAUCAAGGUGGGCAACAACUCGCAAAGUCGGAUUGCCCAAGCCUGCGAUCGGUGCCGCAGCAAAAAGAUCCGCUGUGACGGCGUCCGACCAUGUUGUUCCCAAUGCGCCAAUGUUGGGUUCGAGUGCAAAACCAGCGAUAAGCUUAGCCGUCGAGCAUUCCCCCGUGGAUAUACAGAGUCGCUGGAGGAACGUGUGCGGGCGCUGGAGACAGAAGUGAAGGACUUGAAGAGUUUGUUGGACGAGAAGGACGAAAAGAUCGAUGUGCUGUCCCGGAUACACUCAUUCUCACCACCAGCGCAGCAGAGACUCAAUGCCGCUGCACGAUCGCCAGCAGCCUCGGAGGCAGCCAAGUCACCCACUUCGACCGACACAGCCGAGGGUGUUUUUCAGGUUCAACAGGCCUCGCGGUCAGAAUCAAUAGAUGCCCAAUCUACCGGGCUUUCUAGUACCAACGGUUUUGCGGAUACUUUCACAGGCAGACUUAAGAACCAGGGAAGACUGCCGUCAAGUGUGUCGACGCGAGCGCUGACCGCAUCGCCUCCGGCAAUUUCUCAUGCUCGGGCCAACCAACCCAUUCAAACACCACCUCGGCUCGUGUCUGAUCAGCUCAUCAACAUAUUCUUCCAGGAAUGGGCGCCUCUUUACCCGGUCGUUCAUCGUCCCACUAUUCUCAAAGCAUACGAACAAUAUCUUACGAACCCGGAAUUUUUGCAUGGAAAUGCUCAUGACUUGGUCCAGCUGAACUUGAUUUUUAGCAUUGCUGCUCUCUCGUCAACUUCGAGGACAAACCAGGACCCCACCUUCUUUGAGGAGAACUGGUCUUCCACACUUGAAACCCUCUCAAGCAAUAUUUCCAUGCAGACCUUGCAAUGUCUUGUUCUUGCUCAGAUCUACUGUAUGACCAAGGCAGAGUACCAAGGUCUAUUACGCUAUCGGAGCCUGGCUGUUGGCUUGUGCCAUCAGCUGCGACUUCACCAAAGCCAGAAGCACUUCUCAAACCCUCUUGUGGGUGAGGCACGGAAAAAGGUUUUCUGGUCUCAAUAUGUUCUUGAUAGAUUCGCCGCCGCUUUGACGGGCUUGCCGAUUCUUCUGCGUGAAGAGGACGUCCUUACUGAAUACCCAGAGGACGUUGACGACGAGAAUAUCACCGAGACGGGCUUCUUGCCAACACUCCCUGGUGAAUCCACCCGACUGUCGAGCGCGAUUGCACUUUUCGCGGCAUCGAGGAUCUUGAAUAAGGUCUUGGAAGACUUGUACCCCUCAGAAUCCGGGUAUGAGGUCUGCGUUUCGAAGAUGCGUGCAGUUGCAAGUCAACUGGAUGACUGGGUUCAGAACCUGCCCGCUCACCUUCGGCUCGAAUUCAGUCAAGAUAAGCCCAGCACAAAUGUUACAAGUAGCCGGUCGCCACUUCUGUCCCUUGUCUACUACUUUAUUCGGUCCUUGAUCCAUCGCCCAGCCGUCUGUUUUGCCGAUGAAACUAUUAGCUCGCCUUCUGUUCUCGCCGUAUCUGACUCUAGCAAGCACAUCAUACAAAUCAUGCAGCUACUCGACGAGAGACGACUUUGCCUUUCUGUCAGCAUCAACCGGAGAGAGCUUGUUUUGAACUGCGGCCUUGGUCUUUUGUGGCAGAACAUUGGUUUGAAGCGGGAUAGCAAGCUGGUGAAGGAGAGCCAGAAAUUGCUCAGCGCCGUCACUGAGCAGCUGGAAUCCGAGUCGUCAUCGGCUGCCGCGGAAUUCAGCGUGUUGGCCAGUCUCUUUAUCGCUUUGGAUAGCAGCAAACGCGGGACUAAACAUCAGGAAAUGUCGGCCCCGUCGCAGAAGCCAUCGAAGUCUCCUAAGAACCAGCAGUCUUCGAGAACACCAGCUCAAAUGGCCGCGGGCCAGUCGGCAAAACCAGAGUCGACAUCGCGCAGAGCAACAAUUUCAGGCGCCAGUCCCUCGGUGGUGCACCAUCACAUCCGGUCAGCCAGCCGAAACAGCCUUACUUCGCCGUUGUCCGACCAAUACCACCACCUUUCCCAUUCGCCGGUAUAUCCCGCCUCUUCCGGUCUGGGACAUGACCACGCUCGAGCCAUGUCUUGCUCGGCACCCUCAGAUGCCGGCGUCGGAGCCAUUACUAUGGCGGAUUGGGAAUUCGUCCUGAGCGAUAUGGACCGUGGAUACUCGAACAUCUUCACGGGAAUCUAUGGCGGCAAGGAAUGCGGAGAAGACAGCGGUCCCUUUGCAUCUUUGACUGCCGAGUAUAGCCAGAAGCCGGACUCGGUUCCCUUGCCGACGUCGCAGAGUGAUCUGCAAGGCCUGUCGCCUGAGGCAUGGUCUGCUAGCAGCAGCAGCGACAUUCCACCCAACCAGGAGAUGUCAGCACAGAGUGUUCUCAGCUAUUCAGACGAGAGUCUGGGCAGUGUGGAACCCAGUCUCCCAUUUGGAGAUCUGCCGUUACAGACCGGGGAUCGGCAUGCCGGUGUUUUGGAUCCAUUCCAGGGGAUCAUGAUGCCAACCGCUGAGGAAGAAAUUGACGAAUUUGGAUUGGCCGGUGGUUGGGAUCGACGAUUGGCCGUUUGA